AUGAGUGUUUAUGCAGAUUUCAUGAAUGCAUGGGGCCAAGUCAUGGCAGGACAUAAGCCGGCCCAAUCACUCAAACCAGACCAAUCACACACUAAGAUUGAAAUCUCCUCAAGCCCACUUAAACGAUCCGAAGACCCACUCUCUGUGAAACAGGUCGGCCCAGUUGGAGACCAUUGGAUAAGUCCCAAUAACUGCAAAAUGGAAGCAUUUUCUUUCCAGCUUAGUACCAAGCAGAUAAGUCAGUUGCACUCAAAGGUGUGCGGCCAAGUUGGUACUAAAACAAUUCCAGUGUUUCAGUCCCUAUGUGCUCUUAUUUGGAAGACUAUAGCCAAAAUUAGAGAUGGGCCUGAGCCCAAAGUGGUGACGAUUUGCAAAAACAAUCCCCAAAAUGGUCAUAAAAAUGGUCUUUUGAGCAACGGUCAAGUUGUAAGUGUGGUUGAGGCUAGUUUUUCCAUAAUGGAAGCCAAUUUGAAGGAACUGGCGGAAUUGGUAAUUAAUCAAGCUAUGGAUGAGCAAAGCAAGAUCGAAGAGGCAAUGGAGAGAGAUCAACCACUGUCUGAUUUUGUUAUUUAUGGAUCAAACUUGACUUUCGUUGAUUUGGAGGAUGUCAAUCUUUAUGGGUUUGAAUUGAAGGGACAAAAGCCUGAACUAAAAAGUCAUCCCCAAACAUACUAA